AUGCGGAAACAGCAUCUCCAGUGCACCAUCCAGGCCCUGCAAGACGAGCUCCGAAUCCAGCGCGACCUCAACCAGCUCUUCCAGGGGGACUAUUCAGAGCCCGGUCGCCUCGGUAACCCCCUCCCUCAGGAGAUGACGAAGGAGAACUUCAUGCGGGUGCACGGCGAGUAUGAGCGGCAGGCCAAAGAACUCUACCUGCUCCGCAAAACCCUGGAGGAGAUGGAGCUGCGGAUAGACACACAGAAGCACACACUGACGGCCAGGGAUGAGUCGAUAAAGAAGCUGCUGGAAAUGCUACAGAGUAAAGGGCUGUCUGCACGGCAGACAGAGGAGGACCACGAGCGGACCAGACGUCUGGCAGACGCAGAGAUGACCAUCCACCAGCUGGAGGGGCUCCUGGAGCAGCGGGACACAGAAAUGCUGCAGCUGCGGGAGGUGUGUGUCUGCUUUCCUCAGGACCAGGAUUUCUGCAACUAA